AUGAAAUUUGCAGUGCCCGAUGAAUUAUUGGUCGCAGAGAUAGAUUCAAUUAAUAGUUUACCACCAAGUAUACUACGCCGUGCCAAAAAUGCAAAAAUUAGUCCUAUACUACCCCAGAAAUCAUCUUCAAAACAAGAAAAUGAUUUUAAAAAUAUGUUUGAAGCUAUCAGAAAACAUACAAACGAUUGGAUCGCCUCGAAAAACCGAGAGAUAGAACAAAAUCAACUAAAUACCUUACUUUCACUUGAGCAAGAAAACAAUGAGGCUAAUUUAAAUAUUUCAAUUUUAACAGAAAACUUUACAAAAAAGAUAAAUAUACAAGAUCUUGAAGUAGGUAGACUAAUAGAAGAAGAAAGGGAGAAGAAAAGGCUAAGGGAAGAAGCAGAAAGACUUAGAAAAGAAGAGGAACAACGAUUGAAACGACUUGAAGAAGAAAGAAUACGGAAAGAAGAAGAAGCAAAGAGGGAACAAGAACGUAAAAGGCUAGAAGCUGAAAAACUUAAAAAAGAACAAGAAGCGCUACGUCAAAAACAAGAAGAACAAGAAAGAAUAGCGGCUGAGAAAGCCAAACAAGAUGCUGAAGCAAAAGCUAAAUUGGAUAAACAAAAACAGUUGGAACAACAAGAAGCUCAAAAUAAUUCAUCAACUAAUUUCUCCCAAAUUGAAAAACAAUUUCUUAAAUAUAAACAAGAUAUAGUCGAUAUUAAAAAGAACGUUGUUGAAACAUUAAAGGAAAACAAAGAAUUGAAAAAACAAGUUAAUCAAUUUAAAAGACAAAUUAAUCCAAAAUUUGGUCAAUUAUCAAAUUCAACACAACAUACAAAUACAAUAUGUCAAGAAAUAUAUGGAUUUGUUCAAAAAACUCAAAGCAAUAAAUUAGUUUAUGAAUGGAUUUUGAAUUUUAUAGCAAAAGCAAUAAUAGAUCAAGCAGAAACAGAAGUUAUAGUAAGACCAGUAGCAGCAAGACCAUUAGCAUUAUUAUCAUAUUUUUUAUUACAAAAUUUUCCAGAAUUCGAAUAUUUUUUAACUGCAAGAUUUAUUAAAAAAUGUCCAUACAUUAUUGGAUAUACAAGUAAUACUGAUUCAGAAGAAGGUAGAUUAAGAAUGGGAUAUAAGAGAAAUGAAGAUGGUAAAUGGGAAGAUGAUGUUAAAUAUGAUGAAAGAAUAUCUGGUAUAUGUUUAGUAUGGGCAGUAAUGACUCAUGAAAGAUCUGUUAAUGAAAGUAUUGGAAUAUAUUCACAACCUAGUUCAUGGCAAUUUAUUGCAAGGAUUUUGAAUACAAAUUUACUGUUAAUUAGAAAUACUCACUUUGAAUUAAUUGCCAAUUGGUGGGAAGGUACAGGUAGAGAACUUUUAGGUAUUUAUGGUGAACAAGGUAAAAAAAUUGCUUAUUUAAUGUUUACUCAAUUUAUUGGUGCUGUUUCUGAUAGAAGAUAUCCAUCUGCUGCAAGAUUACAUUUAGUUGGUGAAGAAUGGUUACAAAGAGGUAAAAUUGAAAGUCUAAAAAGUAUGGAAAGAUAG